UGCUCCAUAUGCCAGGAGAAAGUGAACGAUCAUCGCAGUCUCCGCUCGCUGUCUCUCUAAACUCAGUCUAGAGGAGGCGGAACUGACUGCGCUUUACACCAGAUCUAUUUAGCGACAUAUACCAGCCAUGCUGCCCAGUCUGGUGCUCUGUGUCCUGGAGGAAACCUUAUAAUCUUCGCGUCUCUCUGCACAUUCACAUUAUGAUCGCGAACAGUAGAAGUGUAUCGAAGAGGAUGGAGAUCCUGCGCGCAGCAUCAGUCUCUCUGGCUUGGUGAAACGCACGGUGCAGUGGAGGAGCUGUACGGCAUCGACGUGAGUGUGUAUGUGUGUGUAUGCUGCUCAGUGGGAUGUCCUCAAAUCUACCCAAAGUGCUGAUACUGGGGGCCAUCGCAGCGGCCUCUGCCUUUGUGGUCACCAUCCUUAUCGUAUUGGUGUGUGUGGGGUGUCAAAGAAAAAGCAAAAGCAAGCAUGGCCACUCGAACGGAGGGGGUCAGAAAGCCGAAACAGCUUCUCUGCGCCAGUCCAAGCUGAAGUCCAUGAGCAAAUCUGACACCCGCCUGCAUGACAUGCACCGGCUGUCCUGCAAUGCUAAUGGCACUCCCAGAAGUCGUCCAGCCAGCAUGGACCUCUUGCUCCUGCACACCCGCCGCUCCAAUUCUGACCUCCGACCCGGGGGCUCCGGUCACCAGCAGCCUAGCACGGCCAACGGCUCUCAGAGCGAACGUGAGCACACUUACUCUGAAGUCGGUCGCCGAUCCUCUCCGACGAUCCACCCCGCAGACGACGGGUUGUACGAGAGCGUCGGGAUAAAGGGCGCGGGAUCUGAUGCUGGUGCACCACCCUCCAUCCCUCCCCAGACAUCUUCCAACGCACCCACACUAUGCUCCGCCAACAGUCCGUCGGUCAACAGUAACGGGCGAGGGAGAAGGGGCGUGAGCGGCACGAAUCCGGAGGUGACGGCAGAGUACGCCUCCAUACGGAAGGUGAAGAAGCUGGAGCGCAGCAGGAGAGAGGAAGUGCUGGAUGAUGGAGAGAGGGAGCAGCAUAGCGUUUCCAGUACUGAGUCAUCCAGUGGGACGCUGCACAGGAAAACAGUGGAACCAUUUCAUCUGACCAAUUUCCCAAAGGAGGCAGUCUUCAUGGGCAACGGCGAGCAGUACAUUUGGAAACCACCAGAAGAAGAUGAAAUCAUCGUGCCAGGAGUUCCUCCUAUAGAGAACGGACACAGUCAUCCCACUGCCGUGGAGAUCUCUGACAUGUACUCCACUGUUUGUAAGACCCUAAAGAGGAGACAUCAGCAGGGCCAGAGCCAAGAGGAUAGCAGGCCGACGGGCUCUGCUCUGCCCCAAGAGGUGGAACAGGGCUCCGAGGGGUGGCCUGCUGCCGGUGCAUCAGGGGAAGAGACGUGGGGGAGGAGUUGCACCCAGGAGGAGCCUUGCUAUGAACCGGUGGGCGAGAAGACGUGGCCGCGGGGCAUGGCGUUAGAUUCGGACCCAGCCUAUGCCACCAUCGAUUCCCACCGUAAACGAGAGAAGCUGGCCAGCAACACACUGAAACUUAAAAAGAAGGCCGGGGGUCCGGCACAGGGUCCGGGGAGAGCCAUGACCUGCGAGAACUUUUAUGAGAAUAUCAGUGACUUGAAGGAAGGAGCAAGCGUGGCCAGCACCACCACUAUCUUUACCUUUAAUGACGGCAUGGAAAUGUACGUUACGGGUCUAUAAAAACUCUGAAGCGGAGGGAAUAAAAUGCAGCCCUUUUGGUCUGUCACAUGAAAACAUACCAACAGCGUACAGCUGCCAAAAAUGCAUGCCAACGUAUAUAGUUUUUUAAAACAAGAUGUACAUUUAUUGUUACCUUAGGAGAGGACAAUCAGUUGCAAACACUCACAUUGGAUAAAACACUGAAUUGGUUGCGCAGUUUAUAGAGAACAGGUGUGCUCACAAAACCCAGGGAUCUAAAGUGGUUUUACGCCAUGCUGCAGUCCCUAAUUUUAAAGCUGGUUUAUAGCAGGGUCACAAUGAACAAGACUGAAAAUAUGAAUUCACUAGAGCACAGGGGAGUAACUAGUAAAUUGUUAUGAUAGUCUGAUUAUAUAUGAAAUCAGGAUUAACAUGCUGCCUCCCCAUCUUUUCAACCAAUCAGCACCACCGCUGUGUGAGCACAUAAACACAGGGAUCACAUGAGACAUCAGCUUAACUCCUCUCUGCUCUGAAAACACACCUGACUGGUUCUCUUAAAGGGAUAGUUCACCCAAAAAUAAUACUUUUGUUAUCGUUUACUCACACAUGUUGUUCAAAACCUCUUUCAGUUUCUUUAUGAUGUUCAACACAAAAGAAGAUAUUUUGAUAAAUGAUAGUAAUGAUACCCAUUGUUUUCCAAAAUAUUUGUUUUUCCUACUAUGGAAUUCAAUGGGUACCGUCAGCUGUUUGCUUUCCAUCAUUUAUUAAAACAUCUUCUUUUGUGUUUAAAGAGCACCUAUUGUCCGAUUCACGAUUUUACAUUUCUUUUGGUAUGUAAGUGUGUAUUAGUACAUGUUAACGAUAUGCAAAAGUUACAAACCCCAAAGUAAACCAUGACGUAAGUUAUUGUCUCCAACGUAAAUCUCUUUUCUUGGACUACAACAAACACAUGGAUUGUAGGCAACAGUUUACUUCCUGGGAUUGGUGAUGUAGACAAGACUGACAUUAUCAUAAUUCCUCAAACUUUGACUCACAGCCUGUAAGUUAACUCCUGUUAGCAUUGCAUUGUGACCGAAUCUUUCAAACAUGAUAAGGAGCGUCACAUUUCCUGCUGACAUCAGAGGUAUUCAGGCCAAUCACAACGUACAGAUUAGCUGGCCAAUCAGGGACACAGAGCUUUUCAAAUCUGUGCAUUUCAGGAAGAGAGUAAAAUCUGGAGCUGCAAAAAUGUACGGUAUGUGGAAAAUAAUGUUUUUUUUAACCAUAAAUGACGUGAACACAUUGUAUUAUACCAAAUAUACAAAAUAACGUUUUUUAGCAAUGAAAUAGGUGCUCUUUAACAAAAUAAAAACUCAUUCAGGUGGUGAUGAUGAAAUUAUGACAAAAUUAUUAUUAUUGGGUGAACUAUCCCUUUAACCUAAGAUUGCCGGCCACUGUUAGUUUAGCUAAAACAACAGAAUACUGGGUUAACUUCCGAACCCAAACACCCUAACACACAUAUCUGAACCUUUAUAUGUUCGCUGUGACAGCUUAGGUGGUGUAGAUACAGUUUGUGUGAUCAUUUUCGGUACGUACAUAACCUUGAGGUAGGCCCAAUUUGUUUUUCACUUUUUAUGCACUGAUCUAGUGAAAAAAAGUUUUUUAUAAGGGAUAGUUCACCCAAAAAUAAAAAUUGUGUACUCACUUACGUACUCUUGGUGUUUUAUACCGAGCCCCUUAGGUGACAUUGGAGUAAAAAAAUCAAAAGUUUAGUUUCAUUUGCUCACGCAAAACCUUCAUGUGCAGAAUUUUUUUUAAGUUUAGUUUUGCGUGCUCACAUGAAACUAUCGCGCAUUCACGUGAAACUAUCGCACGCUCACGUGAAACUAUCGCGCACGCACAUGAAACUUUUGCUUUUACGUGCUCGCGCGAUAGUUUCACGUGCGCACGCGAUAGUUUCACUUGAGCACACGAUAGCACGCGAAACUAAACUUUAAAAAAAAUUCUGCACAUGAAGGUUUUGCGUGAGCACAUGAAAGUUUCACGUGAGCACAUGAAACUAAACUUAAUUUAAUUUUUGCUCCAUGUCCCCUUAGAGGCUCCGUAGUUUUAAACCUGUAUGAGUUUAUUUAAUCUUUUGAAUACAAAAGAAGAUAUUUUGAUAAAUACACAGUUCGUGGCACUCAUUCACUUCCAUAGUAGGAAAAAAUUGUUUUUAUGUUAAACAGAAUAAAGAGACUCAUACAGGACAACAUGAGGGUGAGUAAAUGAUGACAGAAUAUUAAUUUUUGGGUGAACUAUCCCUUUAACAUAGUGAAAUGAAAUGAGGUGAACACUGCAAAAAAAUGACUUUCUUACUUAGUAUUUUAUUUCACGUGAGCGCACGAUAGUUUCACGUGAGCUCGCAAUAGUUUCACGUGAGCACGCGAAACUAAACUUUAAAAUAAAAUCUGCACAUGAAGGUUUCGCGUGAGCACAUGAAAGUUUCACGUGAGCACGUGAAACUAAACUUUAAAUAAAAUCUGCACAUGAAGGUUUCGCGUGAGCACAUGAAACUAAACUUUAAAAUAAAAUCUGCACAUGAAGGUUUUGCGUGAGCACAUGAAAGUUUCACGUGAGCAUGUGAAACUAAACUUUAGAUUUUUUUACUCCAAUGUCCCCUUAGGGGCUCGGUAAUAAGUAAACUUAUUUCCAGAAAUUUUUUCUUAUUCCAUUAGCAAUUUUUUUUGCUUGUUUAAAGUACUAAUUUACUUAAAGUUUAAAUGUUUUGUCUAAAAACUAGACUUAUUUUCCUAGGUAAUUUUGCUCAUCAAGAAAAUACAUCUUAAUUUAAGAUUUUUUUCAUAUCUUUAUUGAAAACUAGACAAAAAUACUAAGUAAGAAGGUAAUUUUUUGCAGUGAAAGUACUGUACUGUUUUCGGUAUCCAAAGCAUUCGUUGGCCAAAAUAUUUAAUAAAUGAACAUUCAGGAGUGUGGGAUAUGUAGAUUUGUGUAAAUGGCGGGCGUUCCCAAUUUGUGGAAAUCUGCUUGCUUUGAUGUCACUUUACAGUAUGUAAGGGCAUUAGCUCUUAAAAUUUCUGCACAACUUUAAUUUUGUUAUUUCGUCUAUCGCAUGCCACCUCCGCCGAUGUGUCAGGUAGAUUUAGUGAUAUAAUACUCCUUUUUUUUGGACAACUUUUGCAAUACUGAGAGUGAACUUUUGCCUCAAUCUUUCCACCAACGGACCACAAAAAAGUAGAAAGAAAAACAUGGAUGCCUCGGCCUAGGCAGUUAACAUGUCAUUUUCAAUGGCCAAUGUUAGCAUUGGACUUUAUGGGGCUUGUAGCGUCACUAAACUGGAACGUUUUGAAGUGUAUACGGAGGGCAACGAAGGCUUCUGGUUUGGCCGGGUGCAUUCUCAAUCCACUGUUCUCAGGUCAGUAUAUGCCAGCGCUACUCCCCAGCUCAGCUUAGCUGACAGUGGCAUUCGUGAAUACAGUGUCCAAGGAAAACACAGCACAAGGUUUACAGUUGCUAGUAAAUGUCUAUUGGAAAGACUUCUUAUGUUCUCGGCUGUCUGUGCGACUUGAUCCUAUCGUAAACAAUGCCAUUAUGGGAGGUUGGAUUUAGGAUCAGGAAAAAUAAUAGCACAAUAGAGAAACCUCUGCAAGGGGAAACCAUGCUGGAUUAUGCCUAAUCAUCUAGCUUUCAACGUCCAUCAGGUUGACGCAACAACUUGAAUGCAUGGUUAAGGAUUGCACUGCAUACAGAGACUACAGCAGAAAUGGAUUGAGUAUAUGAGUGGGCCAAAUUAUCAGCUCAGGGAUGGAUAGAUAAAGUUCAAUAAGGAAAAACCAAGAUACUGUCCUCAUCCGUCACCAUGCAACCUGUGGUGAGAAACGUUGGGUUUUGAUAUUUACCAAGAUGAGAGAUUUUUACGGCACUCUAUUUUCUUACACAACUGUAUUGGUUAAUUAGUUUCCACUUGUAGCAAUGUCUUCGAAAGCUACUAUCACUGCCAUUCACGUAUUCCAGUGUUUUGUUCAGCUAUUUCCUUGCUUGCGAUGCAUGCUGAUAACUUGUUCUCUCUGGUGCGUCGAAUAUAAUAUUGUAUAAUUCAUACGUCCGUGCCUCACACUAUAAGACGUAGUGCCAAAAAGUACAAAGUACUGGUCACGAAACAGGCCACAGGCUGCUGCUGAGAGGUCAUGGUUCUUCUCAGGGAGCACAAAGCACAUAUCUGGUAAAGGACUCGUCCGAAACAGCAGGGCUCCGGUCUCGAAGUAACUGCAGGCCCUCCUCAUCAUUAUUGAUGUGUGUCCUUGAGAUGAAGCUGGCCAUGUUGAGGGAGGAAGUGUGCUCCACUUUAACUUGGCAGGUCCUCCUACUCUCGAAUCUGCCCUUCCUAGCACAGAGUUUGCUUUGUACAGCGGGGCCGAUCGGUCCUUUUGAUGUUUUUGCUUCUGAGAAAGGACCAGCGGUCCAGGCGUGCAUUGUUUCCAAUGGGAAUGGCAGGAUGAAAUCUUUCAGGGUGUGAUUUGGUACAGACUGCACAAGGGUUUAAUGGUUUUCCAACUGUUUGUAAUGACACGGCCAAAGUAUGAAAUUUAUUGGUAAAAUGUAUAUAAAAUAUCUAUAAAAUGUUUAAAUUAUAUAUUGACACAGAUGCAUUUAAUUCACCUAAUUCAGGCGUAGGCAACGUUGGUCCUUAAGUGCCGAUGUCCUGCAGAUUUUAGCUCCAACCUUGAUAAAAUCUCGCCUACCUGUAGUUUUCAGGUGACCAUUUAAUCCUUGAUUAGAUUGCUUGAUUAGAGCUGGAACUAAACUCUGCGGGACACAACGCUGCCUACCCAACUGAUCAUUUAAACUGACCAAAUCACAUGUAUAUACAGCAUACUGAAAUGAAACUUUAUUAUAAAAGAAAGCCUUUGGUAUUGGUGUUUUCAAAAGCAAUGGAAGGUUUGUACAGUACUUUGUUUAGAUGUACAUAUUAAUACUGCUUAUCCAGCAUAUGUCUAUGGCUUAAAUGAAUUUAUGUGUGGUCCACCCAAAGUGUAACACAGAUUAUGGUGUAUGAAAAAAAUAUGUUUAUUCUGUGCAAAAGAUUGUAAUGUUUUCUAUCCAGAUCCAGAUCGUUCAUAAAAAUAUUUGUUUUUACUUUUUUUAAUAAAGUUGCACCUUAUGAAUG